GCGAAUCAACACGUCAACGCGGCGACUCGACUCUUUUUUUAUAAACCGCACACGAAUUUCACGUUGUGAGUUGAAUAAUUAACAAUUAUUUGCUCUGCUGAAUAAAAGUCGAUUGGCGAGUGGAAGGAAAGUCGCGAAGGACAGCUGGAAGCGACGAACAAAACGGGACACACCAUGAAACUCGUGCUUUUAUUGAGCGCCCUGCUGGCGGGGAUUGCCCUUUCCCAGGGAGCCGCCGUGAUGUCCGUGGAUUUGGGCACUGAGUGGAUGAAAGUGGGCGUCGUUUCGCCCGGAGUGCCCAUGGAGAUCGCCCUGAAUCGGGAGUCCAAACGCAAGACCCCUGCGAUCCUGGCCUUCCGCGAUGGAGUGCGAACCAUUGGCGAGGAUGCCCAGACCAUCGGGAUCAAGGAUCCCAAUUCGGCCUACGGUUAUCUGCUGGAUUUGCUGGGCAAGACCAUAGAUAAUCCAAUUGUUGAUUUGUAUAGGAAACGCUUUCCCUACUACAACAUUGUGGGCGAUCCGGAACGCAAUACUGUGGUCUUCCGCAAGAGCGAGACCGAGGAGUUCUCCGUGGAGGAGCUGGUGGCCCAGAUGCUGGUCAAGGCCAAGCAGUUUGCCCAGGAAUCCACACAGCAGGCCAUCACCGAGUGCGUCCUAACCGUGCCCGGCUAUUUUGGCCAGGCGGAGAGGGAGGCCCUGUUGUCGGCCGCCCAGUUGGCCAAUCUCAAGGUGCUCCAAUUGAUCAACGACUAUGCGGCGGUGGCCCUCAACUAUGGUGUCUUCCAUCGCGGCGAGAUCAACGAAACGGCUCAGUAUUUCCUCUUCUACGACAUGGGUGCCUACAAAACCUCGGCGGCCGUGGUUAGCUAUCAGCUGGUGAAGGAUAAACAGACCAAAGAGAUCAAUCCUGUGGUCCAGGUCCUUGGCGUUGGCUAUGAUCGCACUCUGGGAGGCCUGGAGAUUCAGUUGAGACUGCGCGACUAUCUGGCUAAGGAGUUUAACGCCCUCAAGAAGACCAAAACCGACGUGACCACCAGUCCGCGAGCUCUGGCCAAACUAUUCAAGGAAGCUGGACGCCUCAAGAACGUCCUGUCAGCCAAUACAGAGUUCUAUGCCCAAAUCGAGAACCUGCUGGAGGACAUUGACUUUAAGCUGACUGUAUCCCGGGAGAAACUCGAGCAAAUCUGCGAAGAUCUCUGGCCCAGGGCCACCAAGCCAUUGGAACAGGCCUUGGCCUCCUCUCACCUCAGCUUGGAUGUGAUCAAUCAGGUGAUAUUGUUCGGCGGCGGCACUCGGGUGCCACGUGUCCAAGAGACCAUCAAGGCGCUCAUCAAGCAGGAGCUGGGCAAGAAUCUGAAUGCCGAUGAGUCCGCCACCAUGGGUGCUGUUUACAAGGCAGCCGAUUUAUCUGCCGGCUUUAAGGUCAAGAAGUUUGUGGUCAAGGAUGCCACGCUGUUGCCCCUGCAAGUGUCCUUCGAGCGGGAUCCCGGCGAGGGUGCUGCCGUGAAGCAGGUGAAGCGUGUCCUGUUCGCCCUAAUGAAUCCCUAUCCCCAGAAGAAGGUCAUCACCUUCAACAAGCACACAGAUGACUUUGAGUUCUACGUGAACUACGCCGAUCUUGAUCGUUAUAGCAAGGAGGAGAUUGCCGCCUUAGGCAGCUUGAACGUGACCAAAGUGCAGCUGAAGGAGGUUAAGGAGCUGCUGGAGAAAUCGAAGAAGGAAUUGGUGGACAACAAGGGCAUCAAGGCCUACUUCUAUCUGGAUGACUCGGGCAUUUUCCGCUGCACAGGCGUGGAGUAUGUGUACGAAAAGCAAAAGCCUGAGGAAGAUGCCGACGAAGACAGCACCUUGUCCAAGUUGGGCAGCACUUUGAGCAAGUUGUUCGCUAAGGAAGGCGACGAGAAGAAGGAGGACUCGGAGCAGGGAGAGGAGCCAUCUAAUACUGGUGAGGAGCCGCCAAAGGCGGAGGACAGUGAGAAGCCAAAAGAGGAGGAGGCCAGCAGCAAAGAGCAAAAGUCUGAGGAGACCAGCAAACAGGAGGCUGAAGCCAAAAACGAUACCAUUAAGCUUGUGACGGUCAAAUCCCCAGUGACCUACGAGUCCCAGACGCAGUUCACCAUCCCACUGGCCGGUUCUGGAUACGAUAUCUCCUUGGCCAAACUGGCAGCCAUCAACAAGGCGGAGGAGCAGCGUGUCCGCUUGGAGUCUGCCUUCAAUUCCCUAGAAGCCCACAUCAUUGAGGUGCAACAGAAAUUGGAAGAAGACUCUUAUGCCAAAUGUGUCACCGCCGAGGAGAAGGAGAAACUCCUAGCCGAAUGCAGCACUUUGGGUGAAUGGCUGUACGAAGAUCUCGAGGAUCCCAAGGCGGAGAUCUACGAAGAGAAGCUGACGCAACUGAAGAAGCUAUCCAAUGUCUUUUUGGCCCGCCACUGGGAGCACGAGGAGCGGCCAGAGGCCAUCAAGGCACUCAAGGGCAUGAUUGAUGGAGCCGAAAAGUUCCUUGUCACCGGGCGCAAUCUCACCAAGGACACCAAUCCCGAAAAGGACGUCUUCACCCAGGUGGAGAUCGAUACGCUGGCCAAGGUUAUAACCGAAACAAGUACUUGGCUGAAAACGGAAACGGCCGCCCAGAAAAAGCUGGCCAAGAAUGCCGAUAUCCGGCUGACCGUAAAGGACAUUACGGACAAAAUGGGCCUGCUCGAUCGCGAGGUCAAGUAUUUGGUUAACAAGAUCAAGAUCUGGAAGCCCAAGGUGAAGCCAGUUGCUGAGAAGGAUAAGAAGAACAAGGGGGAGGAGGAAGUGGCUUCCUCGGGCAGUGGCGAUGGCUCCAAAACGGAGGAGGGCGAGGAGCAGCAGGAACAGCCGGAGAAGCAGGAGCCUGUGGAGGAGAUCACUCCAACGCCCGCAGGGGAGGAGGCCAAGACCCCGCACAGUGAGCUCUAAGGAGCCGGAUUAGAUGGAUUAGCAGGAUUAAAAGCACCAAGAGCAUCCGGAGCAGCAGGAAGCCAAGUGCCUGUCUUAGGAUUCGAAGAAGGAUUCAAAUCAGGGGGUUCAACAGGGGGAAAAAGACGGCUAAUGGUCACGAAACGGGGGCGUCUUAAUUUCUAUGAUUUUUUUAGCUAAAGUCGGGGUUAAAUUAUGCUACUUCUAAUCUAAAAAGAAAAAAAACACAAAAACCACACACAAAUAAUGUAAACCGUAACUAAACUAAAUGUAAAAACCAUUUUCCAUACCAUUCCGCAUAGGAAAUACAAGACUUGAAGAAGUACUCACACGAUCCCCUCUAUAUAUCCUCUAUAUCUUAUUGAUCGUAGCGAAAGUAGCGAAACGAAUUGGGCGGGAGCCGAGUUAAGAUCGUAAUAAAUCUAAAAUCUAAUCGUACAGAGCGAAAGAGAGCAAAUAAAGUUUGUAUUGUAUUGUAA